GGUGUUUUGACACAACACCUCAACCUUUUGUAACCGUCCCGUCACCUUUCCUCCCCUUAUUUUUCAUUUUGGAGCUCUAAAUACUCCAUACCACUAGACAUCACUACUACGAGGCACUCUGAAGAUCGGCUGACCCGAAAGGAACACAGCAUCAACCUACCAGUUUUCUGUCCCACGCCCGGCCAAGAUGCCUAUGCUCAAGGACCCCUCCAAGAAGUACAAGAAGUUCCCUCCCAUCAACCUCCCGGACCGGCAAUGGCCGAACAAGACUAUCGACAAAGCUCCGCGAUGGCUGGCCACAGACCUUCGAGACGGUAACCAAAGCUUGGUUAACCCUAUGAACGGGGACCAGAAGUGGAAAUACUUUGACUUGCUGUGCAGGCUCGGCUACAAAGAGAUUGAAGUGUCAUUUCCCUCGGCGUCGCAAACCGACUUCGACUUCACCAGGCGCCUGAUUGAGACCCCUGGAGCGGUACCCGACGACGUAUGGCUCCAGGUUCUGUCUCCCUGCAGAGAAGACCUCAUCCGGCGCACGGUCGAGUCUCUGAAGGGGGCCAAGAAGGCCAUCGUCCACAUUUACCUGGCCACCAGCGAGUGCUUCCGGAGAAUUGUCUUUAAUUUCUCGGAGGAUCAGAGUGUUGAACUGGCCAGGCGGUGCACAGCACUGGUACGAUCCCUGACCAAGGACGACCCCUCCCAGUCGGGAACCGAAUGGGCUUUUGAGUUCAGUCCGGAAACAUUUUCCGACACAAGCCCAGAAUUCGUUGUGAGGAUCUGCGAGGCGGUAAAGGAGGCUUGGGAGCCCAGUGUGGAGAACCCCAUCAUAUUUAACCUCCCUGCGACCGUGGAAAUGUCCACUCCCAACGUCUACGCGGACCAGAUCGAGUACUUCUGCCGGAACAUCACUGAGCGCGAAAAGAUCUGCGUCUCCCUGCACCCCCACAACGACCGAGGCUGUGCCGUGGCGGCUGCCGAGCUGGCCCAGAUGGCGGGCGCCGACAGAGUGGAGGGAUGCCUCUUUGGCAACGGCGAGCGGACCGGCAACGUGGAUCUCGUGACCCUGGCCUUGAACCUCUAUACCCAAGGCGUCUCGCCCAAUAUCGACUUCUCCGACCUGAACGAGGUCAUCAAGACAGUAGAGGAGUGCAACAAGAUCGGGGUGCACCCUCGUGCGCCGUACGGCGGAUCUCUCGUGGUUUGCGCCUUUAGCGGAUCACAUCAGGACGCCAUCAAGAAGGGGUUUCAGGCGCGCGAAAAGGAGGGCAAGGAGUACGACGACUAUUGGCAGAUCCCCUACCUACCUCUCGACCCCAAGGACAUCGGCAGGGACUACCAGGCUGUUAUCCGUGUCAAUUCGCAAAGCGGCAAGGGCGGGGCCGCCUGGGUCAUCCAGCAGCACCUGCACCUUGACCUGCCGCGUGGCCUCCAGGUUGCAUUCGCAAACGUGGUCCAGGAUAUGGCAGAGAAGAUGGGGCGGGAGCUUCUCCCAACCGAGAUCACGGACCUGUUCCAGUCCACCUACUCGCUGACCCAAAACCCACGCUACAGCAUCGUCGAUUACAGUGUAACACCCGACCGAUCCAGUUCGCCAGCACCCCCUGAACCGGGUAAAACCCAGAACACGACGAACCUUCGGAAGCUGUUCACGGGUGUUAUCUCGAUUGACGGUGUCGAGUACAAGCUCAGCGGUCGUGGCAACGGCCCAAUCUCCAGCCUGGCCAACGCCCUCCGGUCGGUUGGCAUCGAUCUCGAUGUCCAGGACUACAAGGAGCAUGCCGUUGGCCGAGGCCGUGAUGUCAAGGCGGCCACGUACAUUGAGUGUACGGCCGCCGGAUCCAAGGAGAAGGUCUGGGGUGUGGGCAUCCAUGAAGAUGUUAUUCUGAGCUCCCUAAAUGCACUUCUCAGCGCUGCCAGCAACUUCUCCCCGAGUCGGCAAGGAACACCCCAGAUUUCUAAAGCGACCGUCGACGGCACCAACGGGGUUGCGGAAGCAACCGACAUCAUAAACGUUCUCGAGGAGAAAGCGGACGAAAUGUAACCUGGGUGUGCUCUAUAUCGGCGAGCUUUGCAUGGGAUUUAACUGGCAGAAGAAUUGCUCAUUCUUGAACAUUUGAAAACUGGGAAGACCAAAAUAAGUCGCAUCACAAAAGUUAGUUGUUGAUUUUGUCUGAUACCAAACAUCCAUGGAUCACCUCGAGUCGCCUCGAUAGCUCAUUCAGGGUGAUUUGUUUGUUGACAAGAGCGUGGACAAACUGGGGACGAAGUGGAUGAGGGGGAGUAUGGGGUUAGGGUUAACCCGCCUAUGACAUUGAGAAUCACAUGGAACAAUGUACCGGCCUACUUCGUUCGGCUAAUUCACAUCGUUUGAGCUCAACCGGGGCCUACUUGUUGUGCCGGCCUUGCCCUUUACCGCUCUUGCUCAUUCACAUCCCGGACAGUGAAGGCCUGUAGAUGGGUUGAAACGGUGAUGGUCAAACGAACGAGGUGCGAGUUUGGUUGGUUCCGUUUGCUGGGCCAACU